AUGAAGUCCGCUGCUAUUGUCGCCUUUGCCGCCGCCGCCAUGGUGGCUCCCGCUCUGCUCAAGAUGCUGCUGCUCUUGCUUCCCUCCUCCCUAGCUGCGCUGUACGUCACUUGCGCCUUGAACGCCAUCGGUCCCACUGGCUGCGUGGCCACUGAUGUGUCCUGCCUCUGCGCCAAUGCAAACUUCACUGCCGCCGCCACCCUGCAAAUCUGCCCCAAUGCUGCUGGUGCCGCUGCCGCUUCUGGCGCUGCCUCUGGAUCUUCAUCCGCUGUUGCUGUCGUUUCCAGCGCUUCUGUUGCUGCCUCGUCGUCGGUUGCUUCUGUUGUGUCCAGCGCUGUUUCGUCGGUUGUUUCCAAGGCUUCGCCUGUUGCUCCUAUUGCUACUGGUACUGCUGUACCUAAGCCUGUCAACGGCACUACUGUUACCAACGGCACUUCUUCUGCUGCUGGUGCUGCCAGCGCUACUACUUCCAAGCCUGCUUCGUACACUGGUGCUGCUUCGUCGGUCAGUGUUGGUCUUGGUCUUCUUGCCCUCGUGGGUUUCGCUGCUCUCUAA